GGUGCAACUAGCCUCGGUCUCGCUCGCACGUAUUGUUUAUAGCGAACAAGACAGGUCAGUCUCCCGGCGUUGACGGUGCGGCGGUGACGUGAUUUUCGUUAAAAAUAAAUUUACAAGAGUUUUAAUUGGGAAAGUGUCUUUUAAUUUGUGACGGUUGUCAGUGUCAGUGUCAAGAAGUGCAGCGGCUAAAAGUGUCAGUCGUUAUUCGGAUUUCUUUUAUUUGUCAUAAAAGAUUUGUCCCGUGUCGUGUUGGUGGAAAGGAUAGCACUAAAAAUAAUUGAAAAUCUUUUGCGGGAAGUGUUAAAGGAAAAACUUCUAAAAAUAACAUUCGGUUGUCCCGAAAUGAGAGUUCCGCACACGUAGUAGGGGCGCGCAUCGCUCGCUGUGUGAUUUGAAAGAAACUUGUACUUGGACUUGCCUCUGAAAGUGUUAAGUGAGUUAGCAGUGAAAAUAAAUGUGUAACCGUGAAAAUGAUGUGGUUUAAACGCGAACCGAAAUCGGCUGUCGAGAAGCCGAUCGAGAAUGGUGGAAAUGGGAAACUGAGGAAGAAGAAAACCGUCCUCCUGCAACCGACUCGCGAGUCCAGCGAGAGGGAGACGUCGACGGAGAGCGAGAAAGAGAAGCGACGGUAUUCUGACAUACUCGAUAUAAGGGUCUCUCAAGAGCGUCGCGAUGAAAGCGACGAAUCACUUUACGAAUCAGCCGACGGUCACAGCGAUGCGAUAUCGGCCAGCGAUGACGCCAUCCCGAGGCUCAAGACCCCAGCGAUUAGCAAGGAAUCUCUCAAGCUCGCCAUUACGGACGAAGAAAUCGAAGUGAGGAAGAAAGGACACAGGAAAACCAUGUCCCUAUCUAAUCCUUUGGAAAUCGUCAAGAAUCUAGGAGAUGAACUUUUAAGAGAUUUCGACAAGAACAGCGAUAAGAAGAAAUCUAGAGAAAGCCUCUGGAGCGAAGAAGAUAGAGAGUCAAUACACGGAUCCACUAUGAAGCUGGAUCAGAUAAAAAAAGACAGCAAAAAAGACAGAAAAACCAGUAAUACAGAUCCGCCUAAACCCAGAAAGACAAGCAAAGGUUCUUCUGUGAGUGCUCUUAAUUUCUUGAGAAGAAGAAAAACUCCAACUUCUACUAAACCCAUAGAAUCAGUGGCAGAAGAUGGUGGGAAAGUGCUUUCUAUUGAAGAGAUAUUGAGUUAUACCAAAUUAUUCCUCGAAGGAGAGAAAAGGCAUUCUUCUACCUGCCUCGCAAGGCCUCCAGUAGAGAGUGACAGUGACGAUGAAGGACCCACACCGAAACAGAUAGCAGAACACAGAAGACGGUUGAGUAGGCAGACCUCGAGGAGUAAAAGCAAAGUUCGUGGGAAGAGUCAGUCUUUAAAGGUUAAUACGCUGAGGAAAUCUCACAGCGGAACUUUGAAGAAAGGAAAAAAGAAGAGCGUGAAGACGCCUGUCAGUAGGAGUAGACAGUCUAGUGUCGUGGAACAUAACAUGCCCAUUGUGAAAAAGAAGACUUCUGAUUCGAUGAGACAUAGUUCAUGGUUGUUCAGUGGAUACAGAGGUAAGAGAAACUGGAAUAUUUUUUAUGUAAUUUAAUCACUAAAGCCAAAUAUAAUUAUUUCUAUUUAGUUAUCACUAUUAUGUUUCUUUAUGUUUAGAAACUGCUGUCUUACUCCUACUCACCGUACUUUAUCCAAUUUUAAAGGCCUUAUAGUUGGGAAGAGCAGUCCUCAAAUAGAUUGAUGAUCUUUCUAUACGGUCUGCUACACGUUUUUCAGUUUUCUUUUGGGAAUCAACUAAUAGGAAGCUAGGGACUUUUUCGCUCAGGCUAUUUUUGUAUCUCGAAGGGUAGGAUAGCAUAUAUUCCACACAAAUAUACAUCCAGGACAUAUCUGUUGAAUACUACAGCGGUUAUAAUAAUGAUGAUUAUAAUUAUCUUCACAAUAAAUAAAAUGUAAAUUAUAAAGCUUUCAACACGACGUCCGGUCUUCAUUCACGCGACACUCGAUCGAUAUUAUAAAUAAUUUAAUAAAUUGUUCUUAUUUG